AUGGAGAGAUUCGAGGACCUCAUCCGGAGUCAAGCCCUGCUCUCCUCUGCAGUCGCUAGACAAGCUGUCAGUCCGACCAUGACCUCCAGAAAAGCUGCCAGUCCGACUAUGACCUCCAGACAAGCUGUCAGUCCGACCACGACCGCCACGGUGUCUGAGAAACGCUAUCGCUGCGCCACUUGCGGCCAAGGCUUUUCUCGAGCCGAACAUCUCAAUCGCCAUCAAACAAGACAUACUGGCGCAAAACCGUUCUCCUGUAUUUUCUGUGCUCGGAAUUUCACUCGCAAAGAUCGGUUGCAGAGCCAUUACAGUCAUUGUCAACGGAGAGGAGACCGUGAGCCUCCAAAUUCUAUCCCCAAAGGUCGACGACCGCACGCAUGUGUCACGUGCAUUUCCUCCAAGGUCCGAUGUGAUGGAAGCAUACCUUGCGCUCAAUGCAAAAAGAAGAAAUUGCAAUGUCGUCAGAAACAUUCCAGCCAGCAUAGACCCGAGCUGACGUGCCCGACACCGACAGCUGAUCACCUAGAACCUCUCGAGGAGCCCCUCGAGGAUCGUGUAUCCAUCAAAGCUCUUUUGAACGGGGGAACAGACACUUUCACCGAGACAUUCAAUCUACCGCCCAGUGAUGAUCGGAUACGAAGUCUCCAAUUCCAUCAGCAAACCAAAGACCCUGACGAGGCCAAUGACGCCAGCAACUUACCCACCGGAGAUACACCGCCCGGGUCGAUUGAUUAUUCAAGCAUGUUUGAGUCUACUUUCGAUAUCGACGACCAAUACUUGGACUUCUGGACCGGUCCAUUCGCCCUCGUCCCUUCCCCAUCCUACUCGGAUUUGCAACUCGAGCUCUAUGAUCCGACCAUCGCGUCUUCGGAGGUUCUGCAUAGGCGCACUUCGUCCGAGUCCAGUCAGACGUUUCCUGACCAGGCGCAAUAUGUUUCAGCUUUGAACAUGGCCAUCUAUAACAAGCUGUGGUGCCUAACUUUGGACGAAAGAACCCGCCAGGAACUUGCUACAUGUCUAGGCUUCCUUUUGACGGGCGACCGGGUUCCUAGAUUUAUCUCACUGUACUUCCGGAACUGGCACUUGAACUGUCCCAUUCUUCACCGACCGUCGUUUGACCCUGCCAGUGUACCGCUUGGCUUGCUGGUCAGUGUGGUGUUUGUCGGAGCAAUGUAUUCGAAGGAUCAGACCGAGCGGCUUGCGGCAAAGAGAUUGCUGGACAUUGCAGAACUGGUCGUUUUUGAUUCGGACAUCUUCUCCUUUGAAAUGGAAGUCAGUCGGUCACUACAAAGCGAGAAUCUAAGCUCAGCCCCCGGUGUUAAUCGGCAAGACCUCAAUUGGGAAUUCUUCCAGGAGCUCCAGGCAGGUUAUUUGAUGGUCGUGGCUCAGUACUGGGCCGGACCACUAGUUGCAAAACGUCGUGCCAUGGAAUCUAGAUUCGGAGAUGUCAUCAAGGUGCUGCGGAAAUUCAACCUUCACCGUGUACAUCACCAGCCUUCGGACCGUAUAUCAGAAACAGCAUGGUUACAAAAGGAGUCUCGGAUUCGGACAACUUCGGUUGUUGCGUUGCUGGACUGCGCCAUGAAGAUCUAUUCCAACUAUCCAUGUCGCAUGACACUAGCCGAACUCGACAUCGAUCUUCCCUGCAGAGACUCGGUCUUUGAUUCUCGGCAUCCUUUCAUGCAAGACGACUCGAUAUUCGCGCCACGACUUACGAUUCCUCAGGCUUUUGCCAUGCUCUUUGACAAAUCAAAGCCGUCCUCGACUUCCUCGACUUUCCCGACAUUAGCUUCCGACCCAAAGCUGUACGGCACAACGUACGGAGGCUCUGUGGAGUCCGGAAAGUGUGAUUUGACAGUAUUUGAUCUAUUCAUCUUGAUCCACUUUCUCUACACUUACAUCCACUCCUGUAUAAUGACCUUAUCCCUAAACCUUCCCACGUCACUCAAUCAUCGGACGAACGGAGCCAAGUCAGUCAAUUUCGCAACCGGACCAAUGCACCAGGACAUCAAAGGAGCAUUGGACCGAUGGCGUCAGCUAUGGCAGGCAGUAUGCUCACAGUCUUCGGAUGAAUCGUUGAAGACGGCGGGCAUGUACAGGAACGGAUUUCAUUUCUGGCUGGUGGCCCAGCUGAUCAUGACCAAAGAGGAGGCUGUCGAUGUCAUCACAGGCAUGGAAGUGAGUUGCGACGAUGCUCUGACGAAGCUGAAGAUUCUUUUUCAGAACGACAAUGACAAUGACAACGACAACGACAACGAUAAUGACCAAGAAUAA